GGGCUUAAAAACAACUAACUUAAGCUAGAAAUUAGCAACCACUUAGCCACUAAAAACAAAUAAGAUAUGCACUGCUAAAAAUAAGAAACUCAACUGCACGUACCCAACUAAUUCCUAAAGAAUAGGACAAUAAAACAGAUAAUGGAAGACUUAUUCAACACUAAGAGCAGCUCCUUCUCAACCCAAUGCAUUUCUAAGGCUAGAAGUAGCCAAGUUUCUAGUCUCCGUUCCAACUCUUGCGUGAAUAUCCUACAAAUGCCAGAGGAACUUCUUUUUUUUGAGGUGGUGGCUGCUCAGCUUACUCCUAAGACAGUAGCAUCAACUCCUGUCAGGAGAGAAACAGUUGCCAAAUUGAAGGUUGCAAUCAAUGGAUUUGGACGCAUUGGUAGAAACUUCCUUCGGUGUUGGCAUGGCCGGGAAGACUCACCCCUUGAUUUGGUUGUUGUUAAUGACAGCGUUGGUGUCAAGAAUGGAAAAGUCAAAAUUGUGGAUGAUACAACCAUUAGUGCUGAUGGCAAGCCAAUUAAGGUUGUCUCUAACAGAGACCCUCUCAAGCUUCUGUGGGUUGAUCUUGGCAUUGACAUUGUCAUUGAGGGAACAGGAGUUUUUGUGGAUGGCUCUGGAGCUGGGAAGCACAUUCAAGCUGGUGCUAAGAAAGUUAUCAUCACUGCUCCAGCAAAAGGUGCAGACAUUCCAACUUAUGUUGUUGGAGUCAACGAAGGUGAUUACUUUCACGAGAUCUCAAACAUCAUAAGGUGGAUCAAUUUUGGGAAUUGCAGUAAUGCCUCUUGCACCACAAAUUGUUUGGCUCCUUUUGUAAAAGUCAUGGAUGAAGAAUUGGGAAUUGUAAAGGGAACAAUGAAAACCACCCAUUCAUACACUGGAGACCAGCUCAAGGGCAAGCUCAAUGGUAUUGCACUCCAUGUAUCAACACCAAAUGUUUCAGUUGUUGACCUUGUUGUGAACAUUGAGAAGAAGGGGAUUACAGCUGAGGAUGUCAAUGCUGCCUUUAGAAAAGCAGCUGAAGGGCCAUUGAAGGGCAUAUUGGCCGUCUGUGAUGUUCUUCUUGUGUCAGUGGAUUUCAGGUGCAGUGAUGUUUCUUCUACCAUUGACUCUUCACUAACCAUGGUAAUGGGAGACGACAUGGUUAAGGUGGUGGCCUGGUAUGACAAUGAAUGGGGAUACAGCCAAAGGGUGGUUGACUUGGCACAUCUCGUGGCAAGCAAGUGGCCUGGAAUGCCUGCUGCAGGAAGUGAAGAUGAAGUUGUUCAAUCGCUUGGAGCCAAUUUCCAGUGUAUUUCAUUUGUCUCCUCCAAGGUUGAAGCAUCUCGUGUUGCCCAUCUGAUCAUUGACAUUGAUUCAAUGUCAGCUUCUGCUGAAGCCUGCAUCUCACAAUCCAUGUUGAAUGUUAAAAGAAAUUCUCUCCUAGUUGAAUUUUUAAUGUUAGAUGUCACAGACACUGCUACAGACUACCUGACAUGUAAUGUAACUGAUUUUGAAGCAAUUGUCUCCAUUAUAGUAAAUCAAAAUAUCUGGACAUAGGGCAUUAUGAAACAUGAAAAUUAGUUGAGUACCAAGUUGCACAGAAUUGUGUCUAUACAUUUAUAAAGCUCACUUUUCUAA